AUUGAAAGUAUAUAUGAACCCAUCGAUCAUAGCAUUUUCUGUCACAUUCAUAAAACCAACCCAAAAAAAGCAUAAGGGACACUAGGUUACUAAUUAAUGGAGAAAAGAGAGGAGGAACAUUACUCAAACUACUUCGUCCAAAGCCCUUCAUCGGGUUUCCACGACCCGGAAUCUGAAUUCCAGUCCCCAUGCCAAUAUGACUCAGUGCCAUUGGUCUUAGUCCGCCUCGAUGAAUCGCCUAAGUACUCAGAUUUCUUGAAAUACUCUGAUAACAAAUGUGUGUUUGAGAAUGAUGAUGAAAAGAGGUUGAUGCCAUUGCGGAGCCCCAAGUCGGGUUGGUGGAUCGUGCUACAAAUUCUGUGGAGGUUUCUGUUUAGCUUUGGAGUGGCAUUGCUUGUCUUCUACAUUGCUACUCAGCCUCCUCAUCCUGACAUUUCUCUUAGAAUUGGAAGAAUCAAUCAGUUCAUAUUACAAGAAGGUGUGGAUUCACAUGGAGUGACGACUAUGUUACUCACUUUCAAUUGCACUACCAAUCUCAUAGUGGAUAACAAGUCUAAUGUCUUUGGUCUUCACGUUCAUCCUCCAUCUAUCAAAUUCUUCUUUGGCCCCCUCAACUUUGCAAAGAUGGAAGGAACUAAACUGUAUGCCUCAAGCCAUGAGUCAACAACGUUUCAGCUAGACAUAGAAACAAAGAACCAUGCAAUGUAUGGGGCAGGAAGAGAGAUGGCGGAUAUGCUUCAAUCAAAAGCUGGAUUGCCUCUAAUUUUACGGAUGAACCUAAUCUCUGACUUUCGAGUUGUCUGGAAUAUCAUAAACCCUAAGUACCAUCACAAUGUCGAGUGUUUAUUGUUUCUUUCAAAUAUCGGGAGACACAACAACCAAGCUAAAGUGGUAAGAGAAAAAUGUAAAUUGGUAUCUUAAUUUAUCAGAGAUUUUCCUCCCUAAAGACAUUUACAAGUACUGGAAUCAUGCAAAUGAGAUGCCAUGAUGAACUUGCAAUGGAAUUUUGUGUGUAUUUAUUUUAUGAUCAGCUACAUAUAUCUCCAUCUUAUCGAAUCGUGAUGGUGCAUAUAUAUACAGAACGAA